AUGAUCCGGUAUGAAUGGAAAAAGUCGUUAAAAGCAGCCGAGAAGAAGGAAAAUCUGAUCAAAAUCAACAACUACUCGGAGAGAGCGAUGCAAAAAGCUGAAGACGACAAAAAAGAAUUCAACGACUGGUUGGAGAAAACUAGAACUGCCGAAGCUACUAAAAAGGCUCUGAUCGUUGGAAAAACGAAAGUGGUCGUCAUCAAGCUCAAUGGUGGUCGCGGUACUUCCACGGGCUUCACUUGUCCCAAGUCGAUCAUUUCCGUCAGAUCUGGAUUGAACUUUUUGGACUUGACUGUUCAGCAAAUCGAGCACUUGAACAAGACCUACGAGACCAACGUCCCCUUGGUUUUGAUGAACUCCUUCAACACCGAAGAAGACACCCGAAAGAUCCUCCGAAAGAACAACAACUGCCAGGAUCUCUACAACCUCAAGGAUGGUACCCACGGUGACAUCUACAUGGCCCUUUACGACUCUGGUUUGAUUGAAGAGCUCAUAAAGCAGGGCAAACAUCGACAAUCUUGGCGCAACCGUCGACAUGAACAUCCUCGCCCACAUGUCAACCCAGACAACAAGCACUGCAUGAAAAUCUUUAGCGAGUUCAAGAUUUUCAACACUAAUAACUUUUGGAUGAGACUUGACGCUGUUGACCGACUCUGA